UGACUCCCCGCCAGCUAACUCAGGCGAUUGGUUGAACCUAGUGGUAAGAGCUUUAUCUCGUAGUGAACAUGUGUGAUACGUGUUACAAAUAUCAGGAUUUAUAAACAUGUUACAGUAACAACCAGCUUAUCCCCGGGAGAGAUGAGGAACCACUGGUAAGAUUUUUAAAACGCCCCACCCACCUUUUCGUUAGUGCACGUAACAAAAGAAUGCGGUCACUUGUAAGCAUCUUAUAACAAUUAAACAGUAGCAGGAUGUGGUAUUGUCGGUGUCAAUUGUUUAUUGAGAUGAGAAUUUAGCCUCAUUUAUAACAGAGAGAAAUGACUAUGGUGGAAACUAUAUACAUGCCAAGUGAGAACAAUAUUCAUGGCAAAAGUAAGACGCUGAUCGGAGUGCAAAAUGGUGGGAAACUUUCAAAUGGAUGCCACCUGAAAACAAAACAAGCUGUUGAAGACAGUAACGUGACGUGGGAGAAUGACUUUUUUGAAUCUUUUGAAGAAACUCCCAUGCCUGCUGCCAUAUCUACAUACAUUGGGUACCUCAUUCUAGUGGCUGUUGGACAUGUACGAGAGUUCUUUAAGAGCAUUGGGAUUGGAGUUGUGAAAGGUGUUGCAGAGCCAAGAAUUCCUGGAUUUGUGCCUUUGUAUCAGACAUGGGAGAGCUUUUACUCUUGGUACGUGUACCGCCGCAUUCAGGACUGUUUUUGUCGGCCUGUCGGUAGUGUUCCCGGGGCCAAGAUGACUGUCAUGGAUCGAGAGAGUAAAGACAAUGGCUGGCAUUUCUACUACACAGGGAAACAAACCACUGUAUUAAACUUUGGCUCUUACAAUUAUCUGGGAUUUUCUCAGAAUUCAGGACCUUGCGCUGAGGAGGUAGAAGAAACCAUAAAAAAUUACGGAGUCAGUGUUUGUGCCAGUCGCCAGGAAUUUGGUUACCUGGACUUACACAAACAGAUGGACGACCUCGUGGCCGAUUAUCUGGGAGUGGAGGACGCCUUUACAGUGCCUAUGGGGUUCGCUACAAAUUCUAUGAAUAUUCCUUCACUUGUUGGAAAGGGUUGCUUGAUAUUGAGUGAUGAACUAAAUCAUGCGUCUCUGAUUUUGGGUUGUCGUCUCUCUGGUGCCAAAAUACGAACCUUCAAACACAACUGUAUGAAAGAUCUAGAGAAAAAACUACGAGAGGCGAUUGUAGAUAAACAGCCCAGAACACAUCGUCCUUGGAAAAAGAUUUUAAUUGUGGUGGAAGGAGUUUAUAGUAUGGAAGGUUCAAUUGUGAAAUUGCCAGAGGUGCUCAAUUUGAAGAAGAAAUAUAAAGCCUAUUUAUAUUUAGAUGAAGCCCAUAGUAUAGGUGCCAUAGGACCCCAUGGGAAGGGAGUGGUGGAUUAUUUUGGGCUCAAUCCCCGAGAUGUAGACAUCAUGAUGGGGACAUUUACCAAAAGUUUUGGUGCGGUUGGGGGAUACAUUGGUGGAUCAAAGGCCUUGGUAAACCACAUUAGACUGUACUCCCAUUCAGCCAUCUAUUCCAGCAGUAUGGCCCCUGGCAUUGCUCAACAAAUCCUCUCCUCCAUGAAAAUCAUGCUGGGCAGAGAUGGAACCAGAGAAGGUGAGAAGAGAAUCCAGCAGUUGAAAUGGAACACGCGCUACUUCAGGAGGCGGCUUCAGGAGAUGGGCUUUAUAUUGUACGGAAACAAAGAUUCCCCUGUGGUGCCAUUACUCAUGUUUAUGCCUUCCAAAAUAGCAAAAUUCUCCCGAGAGGCGCUGAAGAGGGGGAUGGGUGUGGUUGUCGUAGGUUUCCCAGCCACCCCGAUGACAAAAUGUCGGGCCAGAUUCUGUCUGUCAGCUUCCCAUACCAAGGAAAUGUUAGACGAGGCCCUUCACAUUACUAGUGACAUUGGAGACCUUCUAGCCAUCAAAUAUUCUAAGGCAGCCCCGCCAUCUUAUUCUGAAAAUGAUGUUUCUCUGGUAGAGGAUGACAGUGAGAAUGCAGUGGAGGGGUCAUGACAAAUAUUGUCAACAUAAAUUAGCAUUUAUCUAGUCCCCGCAUUCAGGUUCAUAGUUCAGGAGCUGCAGUAGGAUUCAACCUCAAGCUUUUUCAUUCUUUUUUGUAUUCUUAUUGUCCAUGUACUUGUACAUGUUUAUAUAUAUGUAAACUUAUGUGGCCUUCAAAGAAGCACACCAAAGAUGAACAAAAUAAAAAAAAAAUUAAUAUUUGUAAACAUAACUUAUAUAAAGUAGAAACAGAAAAUUCAUGGAGGAUUAAAGUUUUGUUGAUUUAAAAUUCUUCAAUAAAAUUAUACCUGACAAAAUAGAGAUAAGCUAUCCGCUCUAUAAUAAAUUUAUGAAGCAGAACUCUACAUUUUUUUGUACUCUAUACUCAAAGAAUUAAUUUUGAAUGUUGUGUAAAAUUUUUGUUCAGAUUUUGUUUUACAUUGGAGGACCUCUUUUAAUAUAUGGUGUACAAUGUACAUGUACAGUAUAUGUAUCAGUAACUGAAAGUUAUUUAUUUCAAAGCUUUAAUUUUUUUUAAGGAUCUUUUUUAAGGAAAAUUGAAUUUUUUAAUCAAGGUCUUUUUUAUAAUACAAUGUGUGUUUAUAAUUUUUUUGCUUUUCUUACAUCCCUUAUCAGGUUGUUUUUAAAAUGUUUUUAUCUACAUGCGUUAUAUGGAAAGAAAGAUAUAUUUUGUUUUGAAAUGGCUUUGUAUAUUUUAUUUUUUCAAUAGUUCAUAUCAUUUUAUGUUACAAGUAUAUCAUUACAUUUAACUUCAUAGUUUCAUUAUUAUUUAUUUAUAUUUAAAUAGUUUUGCAUUUGUAAGGGAGUUUUCAGUGAUAUGUGAUAAGCUUCUUCCAUCUUAUUUUUUAAAAGAUACAUUUGUAUAAUCAAGCAUAUAAUGCAUAGUUUUAUUUUGUAAAUACAUGCAUUACUCUGUAGAACAGCUAUUAACACCAUUAUCACAUAGUCUUAAGCUUGUUUUCUGUUGAGGGUAAAUGGAAUUUGUCUAUUCUGCUGACACUUCCUUUUUCCGUAACUGAUAAAAAAAAACUGACUACAGUAUUUGUGGUUACGGAAAUGGCAGAGAAAUUAUGAUUGGGAAUGAGUCAUGUGGUUCAUUGUUUGACUUUGAAUCUCCUUCAUUAUAUGAGAUUACAUGCAACAUAAAUUAUUCUAAUGUAAUGAGAAGGUGCUUUAAGCAGAUCACAGAUCCUGUAUUUUUAUAUUCAUGUAUAUAUAGAGUUCAAUAAAUGACCUCAAUAAAAGCUA